GUAAUUCCUAUGUGUUUUCCGACGCCAAAUGUUGUAGGGUCAGACAGUUGCCCAGUGAGAUUAGUCGAGGUGCGCGCAAGCUGGCCCGGUCACUCACGGAUAUGAAAAUAUAUAUGUGGAUAGUGGCUUUAACCACCCCUCUUUCUUCCCCUUAUUUAUUAUUAUCAUUAUUAUUUUUUCACUACCGUCCCAGGAAAACUUUGAUGUUCGAUGGCUGGUUGGGUCAUGUAGUUAUGCUAAAGUCGAAAACCACUCUCAAGGAGAAGUUAAGUGCUGGAAUAGAUAGAUGUUCGCCUAUGUGUUUACUCAAAUGAAAGAGCUUAAGGACAAAAUAGUGUUUCUGGAUUUUCUGAUUUGAACUCAUGACCUCAUGUUGACACCUGUCUCUGACCAAGAGGUCAUGAGUUCGAAUCAGGUUGUUUAGAUCUAAAGGGGGAACAAUGCCGAGAGGACACUCUACAAUUGAAUUACAAUCAGCACAAUCAGUCGAGCUCGGUUAUGUGGGAUUGUGACCCAAGUGGGGGCAUGAUUAUGAGAGGGAUUUACUGUGGGUUGAUUGUGGACUGUUGGGCCGCUCUAAAGAUUAAUUGUAAGAGGCAGGUUGGAUGUGAAGAACAUUAACCACAGAUUCAACCUUAAAAAUUGUCUUCUUGAUAUGACACAGUAAGAAGGAAACUUUUUGAAGAUAGAGAUGCAAACAAAAAUGGCUGAGGUAGGGAGAUGUUUCCUACAAGUUGUGGUUGAUCGGAGAAAGGAUUCAAGUGGUUUUGUUGAUGAGAAGUGCGAAAGCAAACUUUAUAUUGGUAAUCUUGACCUCAGAAUUACAGAAGCGACUCUCAUUAAAAUGUUCUCUCCUUUUGGGAAGAUAAUAUCUGAGGAUUUCCUGUGGCACACUCGCGGUCCGAAGCGUGGAGAGCCACGGGGAUUCGCUUUCAUUGAAUACAGCUCCAAGGAGGAAGCUAAAUUGGCUAAAGAGAAGAUGCAUGGAAAAUUAGCUUGUGGUCGCCCGUUGGUUGUACGCCUUGCAAGUGAGAAGUGCAUGAUCGACACAACAAAAAGUAUUUCCCGAGCAGCAGGCGAGUCGAGCAAAUCGAGACUUGGUGGCAGCAAUUAUGGACAGAUGACUCGCACUGAUAAAAUUGCUGCCAUAAAGAAUAAAUUGAGAGCUCUGGAAGGAGAGGCGGAGAGCUCGAGCUCUCGUGUGAAAAAACAGAAGCAAGAUAACAUCAGUUGCAGAGAUAAUAUUGAUAAGCCUCUCAAAACAUCCUGAUGUUGAAGAAAGCUGUGAGAUUGGUAGGUUGUAUUUACUCACAUCCCUUUUACUGUCAUAAACGUCUUAUAGGCAAAUCUGAUGCAUAAUUUUCACUUUAAUAUGAUGCUGAUUUUCGUACAGCCUGAUCCUUUAUGCUCUCAAAUUAUGGGUUCCAAGGCACGUAUAAACACUUUCAAGGUUAUAUAUGUAGUUCUCUUCCUA